CUGACGCCAAAAUCAGUUUUUUUCCUCCACGCGCACAUAUGCUGCAGCGGAGCAAAUGAAUCAAUUGCACCGCCAAAAAGCAGCGGUUAUGAAACAGAGAGAGUAUAAAACAAUCAUCGGCCGGUGGGAAGGAGUGAUCGGGCAGCGAGAUUAAAAUAUUAGAGGUAGAUGGGCAGCUGGAAGCGGCCAGGGCAGCUGCAGCGAGGACCCUGCCAGUGCAGCCGUGCCGCGCGACGGACGAUCUGCGCUAAUUACUGAUUGUACAUUAGACGCGCGCGUGCCGGGCAGAGAGACGGGAGAAAAAAAACGGCCUCCUCUCUUCCAGGGCAGGUGAUAUUUUAUUAUGCUAUGCGGGCCCAAGGAGCUGCCUGCCACCAAUGGAAAUAAUGAUCCGCGCGCGCGGCGGGCCUGCUAUUUUAUCGGCGACACGCGCCAAACCACCUCAAUGCUGGGCCGGUGGCCGUACGGCGAACAUCAUGCCCAUUAUUCGCGCGACGAGCUCAUGAACUGGAUGGACCUUUUCUCAGUUGGGCCAUGAAAAUGUCUCCCCCGCCCGUCGACUACCUCAGGUGCCUUUAUCCGCCAAACCCCGCCGACGGGGCAGGUGCGCAGCAGCCUCCCUGCCGGCCCGGCAGGCAAAACUCGUCCGCGAAAGCUGCAGCUAGGAGCCAGCAGCGUCCGAAGAAGGGCAGUAGUGGAGGCGGCAGCGGCUACAGACACGUGCCGCACAAGGACAAGCCGCCGCAGAUGGUGGCCCGGAGGAACGCCAGAGAGCGCCGCAGGGUGCAGGCCGUCAACUCUGCCUUCUACAACCUCCGCAUGGCCGUCCCCGGCGACUCAAACGCCUCCAGAGGUAAACGAGUGAGCAAGGUGAAAACGCUGCAACGGGCCAUCGACUACAUUUACGUUCUCCAAGACUUGCUGACUUCAGCUGACGAAUCUACUUCUGCUUCGUCAACGAAUCAGGACUACACACCAAAUUCGAGUUUGGCGAGCGAUGGCGCCUCCCUGUCCUCGGGAAACGUGUCCUCGAGCACGGCCUGCUGGGGCGACUGCAACAACUGCGCCAACUGCACCAGCAUCGCCGCCUACUCAAAUACGCAGAUCCUCAUUGAAAACUUCCAGUACUGAUUUUUCUCACUUCAGGAUCUCUUAUGAUAUGCAGCUCAAAGAUCAUACACAAGACUAGUCAUUUAAUCUUUUGGUGCCACGCACCAAGCCCUUCUUCUCGCUCUCUCGCUUUUUGCACUUAAUUUUAAGGACGACUCCAUCGCAUCACUGCCUGAUGAUUUUUACUCUUAAAAUGUGCGUUUUUAGCACCUGCCAUUUUUGUAUGCACCAUUUUCCUUUUUACAAAUAUACAAAUAAAUUUUAACUUUAAUAAAAA